ACUGGCGCAGCCGGGGGGCGGCUCCGCUGGGCGGUGGCUCCGCUGGGCUGGCUUCCGGCAGUGGGGCCCCUCGUCCCGGGAGCGCCAUGGCGACCCUGCGCGCCUUGCUGCCACGCGUCCGCGCCCCGCUGCGCGCCUGGCCCGGCUGCCCCGCGCUGCGCUCCUUGGCCUCGAGCGCACACUUUGAGCACAUCGUCGUCGCAAAGAAGGGGAAGAGCAGCAAUGUGGGGCUGAUCCAGCUGAACCGCCCCAAAGCACUCAACGCCCUCUGCAAGGGCCUGAUCUUGGAGCUCAACCAGGCACUGCAGGCCUUCGAGGAGGACCCAGCCGUGGGCGCCAUCGUCCUCACAGGCGGGGAGAAGGCCUUUGCAGCUGGAGCCGACAUCAAGGAAAUGCAGAACCAGACCUUCCAGGACUGCUACUCCGGUGGGUUCUUGAGCCACUGGGACCACCUCUCCCGGGUCAGGAAGCCGGUCAUAGCUGCUGUCAAUGGCUACGCCCUUGGGGGCGGCUGUGAACUCGCUAUGAUGUGUGACAUCAUUUAUGCUGGAGAGAAGGCCCAGUUUGGGCAGCCGGAAAUCCUGCUGGGAACCAUCCCAGGUACAGGGGGCACCCAGCGGCUGACCCGCGCCGUGGGAAAGUCACUGACCAUGGAGAUGGUCCUUACUGGUGACCGGAUCUCAGCCCAGGAGGCGAAACAAGCAGGUCUUGUUAGCAAAAUUUUUCCUGUCGAGACUCUGGUCGAAGAAGCCAUCCAGUGUGCAGAAAAAAUUGCCAGCUACUCUAAGAUUGUCACAGCAAUGGCCAAGGAGUCAGUGAACGCAGCUUUUGAAACGUCAUUAGCAGAGGGACUUAAGUUAGAGAAGAAACUCUUCUAUUCAACGUUUGCCACUGAAGACCGGAAGGAAGGCAUGACCGCGUUCGUGGAGAAGAGGAAGGCCAACUUCAAAGACCAGUAGGAACUGGCUGCCUCUGCCUUCACACCCCCACUCACAGGAGGAGAAUGUAGCCUGUAGGUUUCAGAAGCAAAUAAAUCCUUCUCUUUUAAACACGG